AUGUUUAUGACACUUCCCCGCAAUACUCCUGCCUUGCCUUUGCGCAACAGUACCGAGGCUGCUUUGCGGCAGUUAUCCAGGGCCUUAGUGUCGGCUGCACCUUCGAGAUGGUCCUCUUCUACCACAUCUGCAAAGAAAGAGAUUACAUUGCUCCAGGAUAAGAAGAAUGGAUUCGGGUUUGCACGGUCAAAUCCCAGACCAUCGAAGCCGAGAACCAAGGGCGUCACCGAGAUCAGGGGCCCAUACUAUAGUGUCAUGGGGAAGAGAUACCUAGCUGACGUGCUGGAGACCAUGGGAACACAUGUGGAUGGCUUGAAAUUUGCAGGAGGGUCUUUUUCUUUGUUCCCGGAAAAGUCCUUGAAGGAGUUGAUCGAUCUCGCCCACGAACACGGCGUCUAUGUCUCCACAGGGGGUUGGGCUGAGCAUCUACUCACCCAUCCCGAUUCGAACGCCGUUUUCGACAAGUACUUGAAGAAGUGCAAGGAUCUUGGGUUCGAUGUCAUUGAGCUCUCUUCGGGCUUCCUAUCUAUUCCAGAAGACGACUGGCUUCGCCUAGUCGAUAAGGUACACUCUUACAAGCUGAAAGCGAAGCCUGAGUUAGGCAUUCAAUUCGGUGCUGGUGGCGAUACCCCCGCAUCAGGGCUGGAAGCCAUGGGCACUUCUGAUCCCUCGAAAUUGGUUAAUCUGGGCCGUAAAUUUCUCGAUGCAGGCGUCGAGCGGCUAAUGAUCGAGUCGGAGGGUAUCACUGAAAACGUGGAAUCGUGGCGCACCGAUGUGGUGUCGAGGAUCAUGAAGGAGCUUCCUUCGGAAGGCGUCAUGUUCGAGGCGGCAGACCCCAAGGUCUUUAACUGGUACAUCCGAGAAUUCGGCAUUGAUGUCAAUCUAUUCGUCGACCACAGCCAGAUUGUGCAGUUGUCAUGCUUGCGCCAUGGUAUUUGGGGUACCGCCGACACCUGGGGAAAGAUUGUCUCUUUUCGACCUGAAUGUCGUGCGCCCCCGUUGGCUAGUUCUCUCCAUCUCGUUACAUGCUUCGCUAUGCCGAGGGCAAGCACGGCUCCCGGUGCUCGACUCCGGUGUAGGAGAGCUUGCGAUAGUUGCAAGCGUCGCAAGCAGAAAUGCAACGGAGAGCAGCCAUGUACAAUCUGCGUCCAACGCCGCAAGGAGUCCGAAUGCCACUUCUCCGACAAGCCCGCCCGCUUGCUUAAGCCGAAUAACAAUCCGAAAGAGACCAUGCUCCUCAGCGAACAUCUAGUGCCGACCCCGCAGCGGCAAACGGCCAUGGACCGACUUCUGAAUUCGCUCGAGGACCGCAGCGCAUCAUUGGAACAGCAAGUGGCUGAUGAUAAAGAUGGAAUGGCUCCGGUGCCAAAGGUGGCGAGGCUUCUGCGUGACGGACAAGGGAAGUUUAUGUACAUUGGCGAUUCCGCAAGCUUGUCCUUCCUGCAGAGUGUCCGUCGUAUCGUAUCAUCGUCAAUCGGCCGCUGCGAGUUCACAGAAGACAACUCGCGACAUUCGAUGCUGGAGGCUUUCCAGAAUAGUUCUUCAACACAGGCAGGACCGCUGAUCGCGCCUCCCAGCAAUGAGGAGGCUCAGCGAUUGGCGCGUCAAUACGUUCUUGCUACCAGCCCGCUCCUGGACCUUUUUGAUCUUGUUGAAUUUCAUCCGCGGCUCGCCAAUUGGGUGGAAAAUCCCACUGGUGACGAAGACACGGUCAGCUCGAUCUUCUACCUAGUGCUUGCGAUCGGCGCGCAGGUGUCAGAUACCAACCAGACUCUAGCAGAGCAAUACUUUGUCAGCGGCCGUCAGUUGGCGUUCUCUGCGUUCACUGAAACCCCCAGCAUCUACACCAUCCAGUCUUACGUCCUAAUAUCGAUGUAUAUGUUAGGCGCGUGUCGGCGCAAUGGUGCCUUCAUGAACCUUGGUAUUGCGCUCCGGGCGGCGUAUGCCGUUGGAAUCCAUAGAAAAGAUGCGAAUGCGCUGUUCUGCACUCGAGAGCGACGGGCGCGCGAACGCGUUUGGAAGAGUCUUCGCAUGAUGGACCUAUACCUCAGUGCCUCACUAGGGCGGCCUCCGGCUACCUUGGACUUCGACUACGACCUUCGCGAGGACGGCCUGCCUCCAGUGGAUCAACAGCGUCUUCAGCCUGAAGAACAGUUAUCUAUGACAGUUGUCUCCUUGUGCCGCAUCUUCGAACGAAUUCUGACUGAAGUUUAUAUGCGGCAGGUGGUGUCGAUCACUGUGGCUGACACCAUAUCGAACCAACACCGGGCCUGGGUUCGCAAUCUGCCCAUGUUCUUGCAGAUGCAGACCGAGCGACUAGAUUCGAAAACGCUGGAAGGCACCUUGGCUGCAGCGCAUGUAUUUGGGUCAUACUACUGGUCAAUCAUUCUUCUUACCCGCCCGUUUCUUAUUUUCCGGGUUUCACAGUAUGUACGAAGUAAAAGCGACUCGACUGGCUCCGCCGACACCAGGACCAGCAAUUCUCGGAUCGCGCUCUUCGCUGAUGCGUGCGUUUAUUCCGCCUUGCGGGGUCUCAACAUUGUGGAUGACCUUUCACGGUAUAGCAACCUACCGCGCAGAUUGCCUUUCCUUAUCAACUCCGUCUUCAACUCCGCUGUGGUGCUAGGCGCAGCAUUCUUUGCCGACUACGACAAUCUCCUCCCUCUCGAAGAAGGUAUGGAAAAGGCCGAGAAGUUUCUUGGCCUGUUCGUGCCGCACGAUCCUCAUGCAUGUCGCUUCUACCAGAUCAUCAAGUAUCUUCGCGCUGCCGUGGCUGAGUAUGUCCGGCGACGUAACCGUCAAUGGAUGGAGCGCCGCAGUCGUCAAGUGGACCAGCUCUUCGGUCAAGUCGGCCCUUCGGAUGAGCACCCGGCCACAGCAGAUGCCAUUACCCCAUCCAGCCGCCGCGGUGACCAAGCCGCUGUCCCAUCCCCCCUCUCUCCCGAGAAACCUGCCGGUGGGCCAGCUGUAACCCAUUCCCCCAACCUGGCCACAACCAUGGCCCCCGGCCAGCCGGAUAACGACAUUUGGGAGACUUUGUAUGGCACGCAGGGUGCACCCACUCUUCCAUACGACUCGGCCAUUUCCACGCUCACCACAACGGGAGUUCCCAUCGGCUGUUCGCCGGGCGGGACUAUCCCAAAUGGCGCUUUACCUUCCGAGGUGCCGGGCGGCCAUACGCCACUGUCGGACGUGAUACUGCCCGACAACGGCCUUUUGUAUAUGGCCGAGGAUCUUCCUGUCUUUGGUCUUUGGGAAGAUGCCUAG